AUGAAUGGUCUUUCAUCUUUAAAGACUUUAAGAUUAAGUGAAAAUCACUUGGAAGGAACCGUUCAUAUUCACGAAUUGAAUAAUUUGACAAACUUGAAGAACUUGGAUUUAAGCGACAAUAGAAUUGAAAGCUUCCAACCAUCAAAGCAAGGAAACGAGACACAACUGAGGUUGACCAAUUUGGAGGAACUUGAUUUGAGCUAUAAUCUCUUCAGGAACAAUAUAUUUUCCUUCGUUCAGGGGUUUUCAAGUCUAAAGUCCUUAUAUAUGCAGGGGAACCAAUUGCAAGGCUCAAUAGAUGUUAAAGGAUUAAAUAAUCUGACAAAUUUGAAGAACUUUGAUCUAACCUCCAAUAGAAUUAAAAGCUUCGGACCAUCAAAGCAAGGUAUAAAUAUAUAUAUUUCAAUUCACUCAACUAAGUUCUUAAUUAUGUGAUCGAUGUAUAAAAUUUCCCAUUAACAAUGGCAUGUAAUAGAAAUAUUCUUCUAUAGGAAAGGAGAUACAACUAAGGAUGACCAAUUUGGAGGUUCUUGAUUUAAGUAAUAAUCUCUUCAGGAACGAGACUUUUGCAUUCCUUUCUGGCCUUCCAAGUCUAAAGUCUCUGUAUAUGGAGCACAACCAAUUGCAAGGCUCAAUAGAUAUUGGAGGUAAAGAUAUU